GGCUGGGGCGGGGUGGGAAUGGGGUUCCCGAGGCCGCUCAGGGGCGCAGCGCGGGAGGCGGCUACGGUGGCUGCGGCGGCGGCGGCGGCGUGAGCGCGAGGAGGCGGCGGCUGCGGCGAGGCGGGCGGUCGCGUGGCGGCAGGAGCAGCACCCGGAGCAGGUGUGAUGGAUAGGUGACGGAGAAGGCUUCUUCACAGUCCAUCGGGGAAGCAGAAUGACGGAAUGCUUCCUGCCCCCCACCAGCAGCCCCAGUGAACACCGCAGGGUGGAACACGGCAGUGGUCUUACUCGAACUCCCAGCUCUGAGGAGAUCAGCCCCACUAAGUUUCCUGGAUUGUACCGCACUGGCGAGCCCUCACCUCCGCAUGACAGUCUCCACGAACCUCCUGAUCUAGUGUCUGAUGAUGAGAAAGACCAUGGAAAGAAAAAAGGGAAAUUUAAGAAAAAGGAAAAAAGGACUGAAGGCUAUGCUGCCUUUCAGGAAGAUAGCUCCGGCGAUGAAGCCGAAAGUCCUUCCAAAAUGAAGAGGUCCAAGGGAAUCCAUGUUUUUAAGAAGCCCAGCUUUUCUAAAAAGAAGGAGAAGGAUUUUAAAAUAAAAGAGAAACCCAAAGAGGAAAAACAGAAAGAAGAAAAGCACAAGGAAGAAAAACAUAAAGAGAAGAAAUCAAAAGACUUGACAGCAGCUGACGUCGUUAAACAGUGGAAGGAAAAGAAGAAAAAAAAGAAGCCGAUCCAGGAGCCGGAGGCGCCCCCGGUCGAUGUCCCAAACGUCAAGCCCAUUUUUGGGGUUCCUCUGGCCGAGGCGGCCGAGAGGACCAUGAUGUAUGACGGCGUGCGGCUGCCGGCGGUGUUCCGCGAAUGUGUGGACUACGUGGAGAAGCACGGCAUGAGGUGUGAGGGCAUCUACAGAGUCUCAGGCAUUAAAUCAAAGGUGGAUGAGCUGAAAGCAGCCUAUGACAGAGAGGAGUCUCCAAACUUGGAAGAAUAUGAGCCCAACACGGUAGCCAGUUUGCUGAAGCAAUAUCUGCGAGACCUUCCCGAGAACCUGCUCACCAAAGAGCUUAUGCCCCGCUUUGAAGAAGCUUGUGGGAGGAACACAGAAACCGAGAGAGUCCAGGAGCUGCAGCGCUUACUGAAGGAACUGCCAGAAUGUAACUAUCUUCUGAUUUCCUGGCUGAUCGUACACAUGGACCAUGUGAUCGCUAAGGAACUGGAAACAAAAAUGAAUAUUCAGAACAUUUCUAUAGUGCUCAGCCCGACAGUUCAGAUCAGCAAUCGUGUCCUGUAUGUGUUUUUCACACAUGUGCAAGAACUCUUUGGGAAUGUGGCACUCAAGCAAGUGACAAGGCCUCUCCGCUGGUCUAACAUGGCCACUAUGCCCACACUGCCGGAACUCCAGGAGCACAUCAAGGAGGAGAUCAGGAGACAGGAAUUUCUUUUGAAUUGUUUACAUCGAGAUCUGCAAGGCGGCAUCAAAGAUUUAUCUAAAGAAGAAAGAUUAUGGGAAGUACAAAGAAUCUUAACAGCCCUCAAACGAAAACUCAGAGAAGCUAAAAGACAGGAGUGUGAGACCAAGAUCGCACAAGAGAUAGCCAGCCUUUCCAAAGAGGAUGUCUCUAAAGAAGAAAUGAAUGAAAAUGAAGAAGUUAUAAAUAUUCUUCUCUCACAGGAGAAUGAAAUCCUGACUGAACAGGAAGAGCUUCUAGCGAUGGAGCAGUUCCUGCGUCGACAGAUUGCCUCAGAGAAAGAAGAGAUUGAACGCCUCAGAGCUGAGAUCGCAGAGAUUCAGAGCCGCCAGCAGCAUGGCCGGAGCGAGACGGAGGAGUACUCCUCUGAGAGCGAGAGCGAGAGCGAGGACGAGGACGAGGACGAGCUGCAGGUCAUCCUGGAAGAUCUGCAGAGGCAGAACGAAGAGCUCGAGAUCAAGAACAAUCACCUGACUCAAGCGAUCCACGAGGAGCGUGAGGCCAUCAUCGAGCUGCGCGUGCAGCUCCGCCUGCUCCAGGUGCAGCGAGCCAAGCCCGAGCCGCAGCCCCACGAGGAAGACGAUCCUGACUGGCGUGGGGGUGCCAGCCAGCCACCCAGAGACACGGCCUCAGAGACGAAAGCGGCCAAGGAGCAGGCCAGGCCGUCACCAAGCAGAGACAGGAAGGAGACGCCCAUCUGAGCGGCCGCGGCCGUGUCCUGGGAUCCCCUGGACCUAACUCGACCUGUGCAUCUUACUGUAAGACCCCGAGUCAGAGUGCACACCCCUCCGCUGUACAUUCUGUAAAGGUGUCUGUUCCUCUGACUCUUCCUUCUUUCACGAAGCUCACGACUUCUCCGCGUCGGGCUCAGGUGAAGCGAGGGGACGACGCAGUGGCCGUGUGGGCUUGGGGAGGGACGGAUGACUCUUGCACAUAGGGUCAGCUUCUUUGAAGAUUAAUUUUCUCAACUCUUUUAACCCUCGAGUGGCUUCUUUUUAAACCAAAAAUCAUCUUUGCUUUUCUAUUAUAGCCAAAAUCAGGAUCUCUUUCUCUUGUUCGGGGUGGGGGGGUCCCGCCUUGCAGGCUGCCCUGCCGGUCCCCCCAGGAGCUCUGCUUCCCUGUCCCUUGCUUGUGCCUUUCACACCUUGUCGGUGCAGAUCACGAAGUGGGGAUCUGCCUCAGACGCCCUGACUGGCCACAAUGGCUCUCACUGGGGUCACCUUUUCCACCCUGUCAGACUCUCCUGUAACAACCCCGAACCACAGCCCUGGGCCCGAGGCAUCAGGACGGCCCAGCCGGCUGCAGACUGAGCUGCCCACCGUCCCGGGGUCGGGCCGCCUCCUUCCUCUCGGUCCUCGUGCUGGUGAGCAGCACGAGUUUUUCACGGGGCUCGGUCGUGGUGACCGCCUGCACCUAGUGCAUCCACACACAGGAUCUGUUUCUCAAACCAGACAUUCUUUCUGACUGACCUUUCAUUGAAAACAGAAUGACUAAGAUUGCUUGCUUGGGCUAGAAUGUAAAUGUCUCCUUGCCUGAAUAAGCCAUAUUUAUGCUCUUCAGAGUUUGAAAUGACCCAUUUUUGCCUCAGUGAACCUGCCGAUGGACUCCCCAAUUGACAGGACUGAGCAAUAGAAAACAAACAGAAACUCCUCCUUUUAAUGAUAGCUGUGACUCCCAACCCCUUUCCUUGCUUGUACGACUCCUGAGGUGAUCUGCGGCGCCUUUGUCAGUCCUCUGUCGGGUAAAGGGCGCCCUGAGGCAGGUCGGUUCUCAUGGCUGUGAGGACAGGCCACACGCAUUCAAGGUGAUGGAAACCACCUCCCAGAGGGCUCUGUCCUCGCCUCCUCCUCCUCUUCCUCGUUAAUAUUUAUUUUCAGCACCUGUUUGAUGCGGUUUUUAUCCUCUUAUCUAUUGCACUGUUGUGACUUGUUGGCCAUUAUUUGAUUUUUGUAUGAAAAAAAAAGCUUUGUUAUAGAAAUCAGCAUACUAUUUUUUUAAAUCCGGAGAGAAGAUAUUAUGGUGACUGAAAAUAUGGUCAGGUGUCAAAUAUAAAUGUGUAAAAAGCAUUCUUGCUGUCUCGUUGGUCAUGUUACAUUCAUUUUAUAUUUGCAGGCAAUAUCGAAGGUUUCUCUUUUGUUUGUGUAAACUCUAAUUUCUAUCAAGAUGUCAUGGAUUUUUAAAAUUAGUACUUCAUUACAAUUGUCUCAGUGUUGGUUAACUAAUUUUUUUGCCAGGACUAUUAUUGAUCAAGCAAAUAAAUUCAACAGCCAUUUGAGGAAAAAAAAAAAAAGGUCUGAUCU